CAUCAGUUCAGUGUAUCGUCAACCAAGUUUUCAUCACCGCACGCGCUCCACCACCCUCAUAAUCCAUCACGUUGGCGACACUCGUGGAAAACGGAUGUCGGCCACCGAUCGUCGGUCUUCAUAUGUCCCUCGACGGUCUUCGUGAUGCAUCAAUUAGGGAGAAAAAGAAUGAGAUCGCGAACUGCGUACAGCGGCACCAGAGCUACCUCCGCCAGCUUCAGAACUACACGACCCUUGUAGCUGCGGGUCGCGUACCCCAGGCGGCCAGCGUCGAGUUCAGCGAGGACAAGUUCCGCUUUCUCGACGCCAACGACCUUGACAAAGGUCGACACUUUCACGAUGCAACACUGCCCUUUCCAUCCUGUCCACCACUUGUCCAGCAACCAUCGCUACCAGCCACCUUGCCGUUCCAGAACCCAGUUAGACCCUCGCUGUCCAACUACCCAUCAUCCUCGCCGUCUCCCGUCCGUGGUCCCAGCCUCGAGGAUCAACUGCGGGCUGCGUCUGCCUCGCCCUCUGUCGCGAACCAAUCACCGCCGUCGGCAGAAGUGUCGGCGCAAAGCGAUGCGGAUCACGUCGCUAGGCCACCUCCAGUCGCUCCCCGGAUAGAACGGCCGUCCGCAUCUACCAUGGAAGAAAAGGUAGCAAGUAAGACCUCAAACGAGGCGCCGCGCUCGCUACGCAGUCAACCAUCCAAAGCAUUGUCUGUUCAAAGUGCCGUACCUGAAGAGGAGUUCAUGACGGACGAGCCUUUGCUCAACUCCAAGGCUGUCAGUCCUCGGACCACCGAAGACAGCCAGGAUGAACCUUUGUCAGCAUCUACCACACAAGACCCGCCCAAAGCGCCACAAGUCGUUCAUCUGCCUCCGAAAGAGGUCCAGGAAGCGAGGCUACUCGAGACGGAGCAGAAGUUGGAGAAGGUUGCGGAGAAAGAGCGGAGAGAAGACUUGCGCCUUGGCCCACCGAAUACAAAUGGAGCCAUUGAUACAGUUUCCUCGCCAUCAUCGACCGUCGGUGCAUACUCACACGCGACGCCCCAUGCGCCCCACCAUUCUCCUGACACUAGUCCUGACACGGAGUCUUUUCAUGAACGCGACCAUGCAUCAGCACUAAGCGACGAUCUUAUGGAUCCUGCGGCGCAGCAGAUUAAGGAGGACCACGAGAACGCGUUGCAGAAGCAAAUGACGGAAGCAAGGGAACGUGCACGCGAGGAAGGGUCUGCGACACCAGAUGCUGAAAGCCAAAUCGAACAUGAGGAAGCAAUACGGCUUGCUCGCGAUGGCAAGCGUUGUUUGGGUGAUUCGCACUUCGGCUCAGCUGCAAUGACACAGGACGCUGAGGAAGUGGCGCGCGAGAUAGUACCAAAGCAUGAGCAGCUUGUUGAGGCUAAAGCUGCACGCGACCCUGCAGCGGACUCGCUCCCUACACCCGCCACAACCGCUCCCGAACUGUCCGCGCUGGAAUUUGAAAUGGCUGGAAAUACCCUUAGCCGAUCGAGCGACGAUGAAUCUGGGGCUCUGGAGCACCCAACCCCACCUGCCGACGUUGAUAUCGAAAUGGAUGACGCGCCACCUUCAAAGGAACAACAAACGACCCCGAGACAGCUCCAGCCGUCACAUACCGAGCACACGUCAACACGAGGUUCUGGGGCAAAGCGACGAAAGUCUGGUUCCGAAGUGAUUGGAGAAAGGACAACGCCAAGGCGUGUGUUAACGCCCCGCUCAAGCAACGUUUCAGCAUCAGUUAGCCCAGUGCUAUAUAAAUCUGAUGACCGCAGGCUAAAGGAGAUUUCGACUGUCGUUUUUGCCAAGAAGAACUCCAGUCGAGCUUCAAAAGCGCUCCAACUUCAUCAUGAGGACUAUGCGUCGCUGCAAGGGGCUUCGGAAGAUUCUAGCCGGGAUUACCUCGAGGGUCUUUUCAAGUAUCAAGCCCACCAUCCGCCAAGGUCUGCGCCCUUGCAGGAAUUAGUAGCGUCUGCACGGAAGACCGUGUCAACUGCUGGUACGCUCGCCAUGAUUCGCGAGCACCAAGAUUAUAAGAUCCUCAAGAGGGUCUACCAAUUGCAGAAUGCAAACCGAUGGUCUCUUCGCCAGCUUCAAAAGGCGGUGGAACCCGAACGUCCGUUCUCACACCAAGAUCAGCUACUUUUGGAGAUGAAAUGGAUGCAGACGGACUUCCGAGAAGAGAGAAAAUGGAAGAGGGCUCUUGCUGCCACACUUGCUGAGUGGUGCGCAGACUAUGUCAACAGCAGCCCUGAGGAGCAAACACUGCUGAGAGUCAGCGCGCGCAUUCCCCAGUCGAGGAGUCUCGCGAGUAACGAUGACCAAGAUAUGAGGGAUGCUCCUACUCCAGAUCUUGUGCACUCUGGCGCAAACGAAACGGAGACUGAGUCCUUUGCUGACGAAGACGAGCUUCACACUCCCUUCCUCGCUCAUGCUCCUGUUGGUCUAUUCUCUCUAGGGUUCGAUGACUUUGUCAUGAAAAUCGAUCGUACGCCUGCUAGUGAUACGAUGUUUGGAGAAAUUCCGUUCUACACGCCCACGCUCGAGAGCUCGAGCGACAAUCCAUUCUCGAUUCGCGAACCGCCUCUACUUCCUGUAUCCAAGUUUGUCACCGGAAAACUUGUCUCGCAAGUAAGAGGUCCUCCCAGGAAGCGGAGCAGGUACGAGUACGAUUCCGAGGAUGAGCCCUCUACGCCACCAAGUCGUUCUGGAACGUCAGCCGAGCACUCGAUGCCCUCAACUCCCGGCCGAAGGUUGUUUUGUCGGAAUGAUCUGCUUCCUGAGAUGACAGAUGUGGCGUUGUUCAACACUGAGAACAAGCAUGUUCGCGAUCGUCUUCAAGCUGCUCAUCACUUUAGACCGCCGACCGAGUUCAAUAUGCCCUCAGUUGCAUUCUUCGAGCACAGGACACCAUCCCAAUGGUUGUGGGAAGAAGACCAAAAACUUCGGGCUUUGGUGAAGGAAUACACAUUCAACUGGUCUCUUGUCUCGCAGCAACUCUCAUUGCCAUCCUUGUUCGUAUCUGGUUCUGGUCGACGGACACCAUGGGAAUGUUUUGAACGCUGGGUCCAGCUGGAAGGCUUGCCUGCGGAGAUGUCAAAAACUCAGUACUUCCGAACUUACCAGGGUCGGCUGGAGCAGGCAAAUAAGACUGUGUUUGCUCAAUAUCAGGCUCAACAGCAGCAGCAAGUGCAGCAAGGUCAGACCCCAGGACAGCCACGAAGGAGACCUACCACAACGCCAAUACGAGUAGAAAGGAGGAGAGAUAAUCGCCAUCUAGCUAUCAUAGAUGGAAUGCGUAAGCUCGCAAGAAAGCGUGAAUCUGCUGCACACAAGCAGGCAGAAUCCCAGAAAGCCGCCGCGCUCCGUAAAGCGCAUGAGCCUGCGCCGCCGAAGAGCAAUGUUCACACUCCGCAAGAGUUCAGCCGCCUCAAGUGGGAACGCGAAGAGAAGCUGAGACAAAGACAGCAACAGGAGAUGAGCAUGAGGCAGCAAAUGGUGGCGCAACGCCAAGCUCAAAUGCAAGCGCAAGCAGGCAUGGGCAAUGGCGUCAACCAGAUGCAGCGCAAUGGAACACCUGGAGGUAAUCCUAACGUUCCUAUGGCCAAUCCGCCUACUCAGCAGGCUCAAAGUGCAGCCGCAAUGGCAGCACGAACACAACAGGGUCAGCAGGGAAUGCCGGCCAAUUUUGCUAAUGGAAAUAUACCGGGCAUGUCUAUGGGCACACCCGGUGUCCCCCAGGCACAAAUGCAAGGCAAUAUGCAAAACGCCCAACGUAUGGCUCCUCCAGAUCAGAUGCGCAUGGCUAUGCAACGGGGUCAGUUUCAAAACAGCAACUCGCAGCAACAGCAGCAACAGCAGUUCCAAUUGCAGCAGCAACAACAACAACUCAACAUGGCCGGUAACCUUACGCAGGGCAUGGGCACGAACAACAUUCCCAAUGCAAACAUGAUGGCAUCCAUGUCCAAUCAGAAUCUGAACGGAAACAUGAACGCUUCCAUGAACGGAAUGUCCAACAAUGCCGGAUCACCACGGAUGAACCAGGUCAAUCCCGUAAUGCAAAGCCCUGCCCGACCUUUAUCCAGCGGCCACAUGCCCCAGCUUUUGCAAAUACAAAACAAUGUAAAGGUACAGCAUCCGGACUGGAGCCCAGACCAAGUCCAAAAAGUGGCAUCCGAACAACUCUCCCGGUUCCUGGCUAAACAACGCGUACAGGCAAUGAACGCUGCAGCUGGUUCUCCUGGCAUGUCCCCGUCCCCUCAGGUUGGAAACAACCACUACCUCCAACAACAACAGCAGCAGCAGCAACAACAGCAACAACAGCAACAACAGCAACAAAAUGGCGCCAUGGCCGCCAGUCCUCCCGCAAACGCAGUCCAGGACUACCGGCAACAACUUGUCCAACAGCAACGCUUGAUGAGCCAGGCUCCAGGACAGGUUGGCAGCCCUGCGGUCAACGCUCGCCCACUGAGCCGCAGUGCAACGCCGCAGAACCCGCAGAUACAGCAAAGCCCUGGCAUGCAGCAGGCUCGGACGUAAAAGCUCAUUCAUCAACGGGCUCAUGCGUAGCCUUGGAGAGGACAUUCGUCAUCUUAUCUUCAAAAUCGUUUUUGCAUUGUACAUACUUUUUUAUUUAAUGUUUCACCCCUUCGCCCUUGAUUAUGAGCGUGGAUGCGGUGCGUUGGGGGUUCAUGGUUUACCGUCUAAAAACUCGGAGAAAGAAAGCAUGGUGUUGUUGGUGUUUUACGGCGUCGUAGCUAUGAUUGGUUUGAGGGUGUGGUGGUUUGGGUUGGGUUGGGUUUGAAUGGAUGGUGUGGCUAUUGCGUGUUGCCAUCUCGUGAGCGGGACACGCGGGAGAAACUCUAUAGACCUGUUUUCUGAAUAUCAUGCAUGUCUUGGCAAGAGGUCGAGAGAUACGG